AAAAAAACCGAAAAUUAUGCCGUUCCGAAGCGAAAAUGGCAGCCAACAGGCUCCGGCGGCGGCUCAGCGACGAAAGCCAUCCCUUGUAUAUGGACAGUUUUCGCAGGAAAUCACUGCUGCAAAACCGCCUCCGUGGAGCAUCACAUUUUCCGACGGAGCCGAGGAUAAUCAAGAAAAACCACCGGUGGACAGCAUCUGCGACGUGGCAAUUGAUUUCGAGUCGGCCACACUUGAAUCCAUCAACUACGUUGAGCUCCUGGGAGUGCUCGGACUGCCGUUUACGAGUAGUGUCUGUCAAGUUAGCAUCAAUUUUUCGCAACAGGUUACGGAUCUUGGACGGGCAUUCACAAUGGUUGUAAACGGGCAAAAACCAGAUAUCAGAACGAUCGUCGUCAGUGGAAAUUCGCUGACCAACGAUGCCGCCGAUCAGUACGAGAGCAUGGAGCAGUUCAUUCACUCUCACGUGGCCGAUAUUGAGAAGAGAAGGCCCAUCAAGAGGCUCCUCGUCGCCACAAAUGGAAUCGCCGCUAUGCGAUGCCUGAUGACUGCCAAAAAAUUUCUCCAUCACACAUUCCGCAACGAUAAUCUCAUCCAUUUUGUCUGUAUGACCACGGAAGACGAGAUUCAGUCAAUGUCAGAAUCCCUCCGAAUGCCGAACAUCACACUUGCCGAGUCGCCAUCCGGUACCAACAAGAACAAUUUCGCCAAUGUCGACGAGAUCCUGAAGCACGCGAUCAAGUACGAGGUCGAUGCCGUCUGGGCCGGAUGGGGACACGCUUCGGAGAAUCCUGAUCUACCGCGCCGGCUCAAUGAUCACAAUAUUGCGUUCAUCGGACCCCCAGCUAGUGCUAUGUUCAGUUUGGGAGACAAGAUCGCGAGUACGAUCAUUGCGCAGACCGUCGGAGUGCCUACUGUCGCCUGGUCGGGAUCCGGGAUCACUAUGGAGAGCAUCGAGCGAUCCCGUGGAGAUUUCGUCGUGGUGCCAGAGGAUCUGCUCGAGCAGGCGUGUGUCGCCAACUACAAGGAGGGUCUCGAAGCGCUCAAAACUCACAAUAUCGGAUUCCCCUUGAUGAUCAAAGCGUCGGAGGGUGGAGGUGGAAAAGGAAUCCGAAAAUGCACCAAAGUCGAGGACUUCAAGAGCAUGUUCGAGGAAGUUGCCCAAGAGGUUCAAGGAUCCCCGAUCUUCCUGAUGAAGUGCGUCGAUGGAGCGCGCCAUAUCGAGGUUCAGCUCCUCGCUGAUCGUUACGAAAAUGUGAUUUCCGUGUACACCAGAGACUGCUCGAUUCAGCGACGGUGUCAGAAGAUCAUUGAAGAGGCACCGGCGAUCAUUGCCAGCAGCCACAUCAGAAAGUCGAUGCAAGAGGACGCAGUGCGUCUUGCCAAGUACGUCGGAUACGAGUCUGCCGGAACUGUCGAGUACCUGUACCUACCAGCCAGUGAGGGUCAGGAGGAGCACUAUUAUUUCCUGGAGCUGAAUCCAAGGCUUCAAGUCGAGCAUCCCACCACUGAGAUGGUGUCGAACAUCAGCAUCCCUGCUAUUCAACUUCAAAUCGCUAUGGGUCUCCCUUUGCAUAAGAUCAAGGAUAUCCGGAAGCUCUACGAUCUUCCGAUUGAUGGAGACUCUGAGCUGCCCGACGAGGUGUUGGUGGAUACGAAGCUUCAUGCGAUCGCCGCCAGGAUCACAUGCGAGAACCCGGACGACAGCUUCCGUCCAUCCACCGGAAAGGUCUAUGAGAUCAACUUCCCGUCGUCGCAGGAUGCGUGGGCGUACUUCUCAGUUGGAAGAGGAUCCAGUGUUCAUCAAUUUGCUGAUUCUCAAUUCGGACACAUCUUCACGCGUGGAACCAGCCGAACGGAGGCGAUGAAUACGAUGUGCUCGACGUUGAAGCAUAUGACGAUCCGAUCGAGCUUCCCGACUCAGGUCAACUAUUUGGUGGAUCUGAUGCACGACGCUGACUUCAUCAACAACGCCUUCAACACACAAUGGCUGGAUAAGAGGAUCGCCAUGAAGAUCAAACAGAAGUGCAGUCUAUCGAUGAGUGUGAUCAUCGCAGUCAGUGCCGCCGUCAUCGGAAGCUCCCGAGUCACAGGAGUCUUCGAGAGCUUCGAGGAAUCCAUCGAUCGUGGACAAGUUCGCCCGCCGAACGAUCUGACUGAGACGUUCAUCUUCGACCUUGUCAAAGAUCUCAACAUCUACUCGUUGAAGGUAGUCAGAAGUGCCGAGAACACCUUCGUCAUCAUCCUGAACGGAUCCAAGGUGACCGUCGGAGUGAAGGAGCUUCAGAAUGGAGAGUUCAUGGUGACUCACUGUGAGAUUGUCUACCGAUGCGCUUUCGAGGAGACCAAGGAAGCCUACAAGGUCACUGUGAACAAUGAGAUCAUUACAUUCGAGAAGGACAAUGACGUCAGUGUGCUCAAGUCUCCGUACACUGGAAAGUUGCUCCAAUGGAAGAAGGAGGACGGUGAUUGGCUGAACGUCGGCGAUGUCUACGCCACUGCCGAGUCGAUGAAGAUGGUGUUCCAGGUGGAGGUCGCCAAGGCGCCUGGAAGACUCCAGCGUGUCGUCAACGAAGGGGACCCGAUCCAUCCGGGAAGUGUCCUUGCGAAGCUUGUCGAUCAGACGGAAUCCGAAGCGGAUCGGGCUCAGCCGUUCCAUGGGACGUUCCUUGAAUGGUCAUGGCACAGCUCGAAGGCCAAUGAGCAGUCGAAGUUCAAUGAUUGCUUGGCGCAAUGCCAAAACCUGCUGGCCGGUUCGACACCGAUGGACAGCGCAUGCAUUAUCACCGAACUCUUCCAUCAUCUCAACGAAAGCCACACCGCCCACGCAUCCGAAGUGCUCAAUCAACUGCUCCGCGACUAUAUCAACGUGGAGAAGUAUUUUGAGGGAAAAGUGUACGAUGACUCGGUUGGAGAGAUCAAGGAGGAUCACCUCAGUCGGAAGGACGUUGUUCGGACCAUCUACUCGCAUACACAGAUCAAAUCGAAGAAUAUUGUGAUGAAGGCGCUGCUGGGUGCACUGAAGCAAGGAUCCGGAUCGAAGUUUAUCCCGUCGUUGUUGGAUAAUCUUCGACAGAUUGGAAAUCUCCAUCAUACCGAAGAGAUUUCGAAUCUUGCCCGUGAAAUUCUGCUCUUCUACCACAGCAUGUGCUACAAGAACAACUACUCGGAGAUCACGGCCAGCGGCCUCAGACCUACAGGCCAGGAGGUCAAGGCUUGGCUUGAUGGCCCGCUAUCGAGAAGGCCGGAUUCCAGUGGAUGGAAGGUCAUCCACGAGUACUUCUUCGAUGAGACAAUCGGAUCGCAAUGCCUUGAUCGUUAUGUGGCUAUGCACAUCUCCGCGGAGGAAGGAUCCAUUGGAAACACCUACCCGCUGCCUCAGAUGAAAUGCACCAUUGAUCACUUUACACUGACCGCCACGCCGAAGAGCUUCAACAAAGUCGUGCUGAAAGGGAACAAGCUGAUCGUUGUCCGACUCUCUCUGGACUCCAAGACCUUCAAUCAACAAUGCUUCUCCAGUGAGAAGUUCUUGGAUUGUCUCAAGACUAACUUCCGAAAGUACUGCAAGAAGACUGAUGUGAUCAAUGUUUCGAUCUUUGUUAAGAUCACCGACGAUCUGGAAGCUCAUCAGGAUCCUUCCACCCUGACCGAGCAAGAAGAGCAAAGAGUGUGCUAUGCGCAGAACGCCGUCGUCGACAUGAAGACGAUCCUCGAGAAGGAGUUCCGUGUAAAUCGAGUCAAUACCGUGCUCUGCCUCAACGAUCGACCCCUACCGCAACUGACGAUCUUUGAGCAGGUCCGACUUGAGAAGGAUCGGCUGCCAGCGAAUUCCUAUCCAGUGUUGUCGAAGCUCUCGACGGUUCGUGUCUCUCAGCAUGAUGAUCCGACAAGCAACUUUGCCAAGCUCUUCGUCCGCCAGCAGCUGAUCAUUCCGGGGAACAAUGCCGAGGAGGUUCAGAAGAAAAUCUCGCAGGCGGUGUACCUGGCGCUGGACAAUGCAUGUACGGCUGCUCAGGUGGCGAUGGCGAAGAAGACGAAGGCCAACAAGACAUUCACAUCCAACCACGUGUUCGUCUUUAUCUCGUGCCCAGGACUCCCCGAGAAAGUGAUCGGAUCCCAGGAGCAGUUGGAAUUCAUGAAGAAGUGCAUCACCGACGAGGUCGACAGCCACAAGGCGAUCCUUGCCAAGCAUCAGAUCAACGAGGUCGAGGUGGUCUACGAGUCUGUGGAUGGUCACAAGAGAAUUGUGAUCCGCGAUGAGACCGGUGUCACUACGGAGGUGAUCACCGAGUUCAGUGAAGCGUCGCUCGGAGUCUACCCAGUCAUCAAUACUAUCGAGAAGAAGCGUCUCGCUGCUCGCCGAGUCAACUCAUCCUACAUCUACGACUUCCCAAUUAUCUUCGGAAUGGCUGCUAUGAACUUCUGGAAAUCGGCGAGCUCUGCCAUGGAGCUCCCCAACGAAAUGGCUCAAGCUUUGAAGGAGCAACGCUGGCGCGAGUUCUUCCAAAUUCGAGAGCUCGUCUUGGAGAAUGGAGUUUUGACUGAGAUCUCCGAUGCUGAGAUUCUCAAGAAACGAUCUGCCAACGCUCUGAACAACUGUGGAAUGGUCGCCUGGAUCAUGACACUGUACACUCCAGAAAAGCCACGUGGUUUCGACUUGAUCGUCAUCGGAAACGACGUGACCUUCCAAUCCGGAUCCUUCGGAACCGCCGAGGAUGAUCUCUUCGCCGCCGCCUCCACCUACUCCCGUGAGCACAAGUUGCCACGUGUCAACGUCUCAGUGAACUCUGGAGCACGCAUCGGACUUUCCACGAAGAUCUCGAAACUUGUGAAGCUUCAACUGGAGAAUGAGGAUAAGCCGGAACAAGGAUUCGAGUACAUUUACAUUGAUGGAGAGCACAAGGCACAGAUUGAGGGAGAAGUUGUGUAUGAGGAGUUGGGCAAUGGAAGACUGAAGAUCCUUGCCGUCAUCGGAGCAAAGAACGAGAAGAUCGGAGUGGAGAACCUCCAAGGAUCCGGCCUGAUUGCUGGAGAAACAGCGAGAGCCUACGCUGAAGUGCCGACCUACUGCUACGUGACAGGAAGAUCCGUUGGAAUCGGAGCCUACACGGCUCGUCUGGCUCAUCGAAUCGUUCAGCACAAGCAGUCUCACUUGAUCCUUACCGGAUAUGAAGCUCUGAAUACUCUACUCGGAAAGAAGGUCUACACAUCGAACAAUCAACUCGGAGGACCUGAAGUGAUGUUCCGAAAUGGAGUGACUCACGCCGUCGUUGACAAUGAUCUGGAGGGAAUCGCCAAGGUGAUCCGAUGGAUGUCAUUCCUGCCGACACCCACAGAAGAGUUCCCGUUCUUCUCGAAGCACGGAGAUGAUUGUUCGGCUCGUGACGUUGUGAUCCCAUCGGAUUCGGAACAGAACACCUACGACGUCAGAGAUCUUAUUGAUUCCAAGAACCUCUCUAACCAGACUGGAAUCUGCGACACGAUGUCGUUCGAUGAGAUCUGCGGUGACUGGGCCAAGUCGAUCGUUGCAGGCCGAGCCCGUCUCUGCGGAAUCCCGAUCGGAGUUGUUUCUUCGGAAUUCCGAAACUUCUCCACCAUCGUCCCAGCUGAUCCUGCUAUUGAUGGAUCUCAAGUACAGAAUACACAGCGUGCGGGGCAGGUGUGGUACCCGGAUUCUGCGUUCAAGACUGCUGAGGCUAUCAAUGAUCUGAACAAGGAGAACCUUCCACUGAUGAUCAUCGCCUCGCUGCGUGGAUUCUCAGGAGGACAGAAGGAUAUGUACGACAUGGUGCUGAAGUUCGGAGCACAGAUCGUCGAUGCUCUAGCUGUCUACAAUCGUCCAGUCAUCGUCUACAUCCCGGAAGCCGGAGAGCUUCGUGGUGGAGCCUGGGCUGUGCUGGACUCGAAGAUCCGUCCGGAGUUCAUCCACCUAGUGGCCGAUGAGAAAUCUCGUGGAGGAAUCCUCGAACCGAAUGCAGUCGUCGGAAUCAAGUUCCGCAAGCCAAUGAUGAUGGAGAUGAUGAAGCGAUCCGAUCCGACUUACUCGAAGCUUUCCAGUUCCACCGAGCCAGAAGCUCGUGAGCAGUUAGAGGAGAGAUAUGAGGAGUUGAGCAAGACCUACAGGAAUGCGUCGGUCGAGUUUGCGGAUGCUCACGAUCGUUGGCAGAGGAUGAAGAGCGUCGGAGUGGUGGAGCAUGUCACAUCGCUGACGAACUCUCGGCGACUCUUCUCGGAGUUGCUCAGGAAUGAGCUCGCCAAAGUUGGAAUGGCAGAGAUCUACUCGUCAGCUCCUCACACAGUGAAGCCGUGCCUCGCAACAGCGAUGACAUGGGUUGAAACGAAUCUCCGAUCAUAUGUGCAACCGAACAGCUCAAUGGACGAGCAAUACACACAAAUUGAGCAGUAUUACGAGACGCAGUUUGUCGAUGAUCUUGUCAUUGCGAUUAAUGAGGAUCGGAAACGAUAUGAACAGCAGCUCAACACGUUUAUGAACAAAAUUUCUUCGAAGCGACGAUAAUAAUUUUAACUCGAAUUUUUCCCCAUUUUUAAUGCUUUAUUGCGCUUUUUCCUCCACUUUUUCCUGUUCUGUGAUAUACAAGAAACCUAUUCAGUGCCUUAUUUGAUUGACGACUACUUAUACUUUUUAAUAAUUAUAUGAAAAUUCUUAGCUCCCCGCCCGAAAAUUUGCAUUUUUUUUUUGGCUCUGUUUUACUGUGUUCUCAGCAUUCCCCGCUUCCCUCCCCCAAUUUUUCCUGCUCCGGGUGUUUUAACGGCACCGAUUCUUUUUUUUUCAAUUUUCUUUCUCUUUACUUGAAGUGUAAUAAAUAUUGCCUGCCGAACAUU